AUGGGUGAAGUUACAAAAUCAGAUAUCGAAGCUCUCACAGCAGCGUUUACCGCUGCCAUCAACACCAUGAACAAUCGGAUGGACCAGCAGAUUGGAGAAAUUCGUGGGUUGUUGGGAGAGAGGAACAACCACAACCACAACCACAACCACAACGAUCAGAAUAGAGGCAGGGGAGGAGGCCAGCGAGUUAGGGCUCCACGUAGAGAGGUUGUUGUUCAUACUUCAGAAUCUGAGUUUGAAGAAGAGGUUGUGCAAUAUGAACCACAAGGACAAGCUGACCAAGAUUACAAAGUCAAGGCCGAAAUUCCUUUCUUUUCGAGCAACUUGGGUGUAGAAGAUUAUCUAGAUUGGCAGCUUCAGGUGGACAGGUUCUUUGAGAUUAUGGAAGUUCCUGAACACAAGCAGGUUCAGCAUGUUGCAUGGAGAUUGAAGAGUACUGCUGCAGUUUGGUGGGAUAAAUUGCAGAACACUCGAAAGAAGCAAAGGAAGCAGGGUGUUAAGACAUGGCGAAGAAUGAAGCAGCUGAUGAUGGAGAGGUUCUUGCCGGACAAUUAUGAGCAGAUUUUGUACAGGUUGUAUAUUGAAUGUGUCCAGGGAACUAGGACAGUGGCUGAUUACACCGCUGAGUUCUUACGCUACUCAGAGCGUAAUGAACUAGGAGAAACUGAAGGCCAGAAGAUGGCUCGCUAUGUCAGUGGGCUAAAGCCUUCCAUUCAGGACAAAAUUGGGUUACAAACUAUUCAUACUAUGGCAGAAGCUUCAAACCUAGCAUUGAAGGCAGAGUUGUUAGAGAAGCCUUCACGAGCUUCUUCUUUCCAGAGAUAUAACUACCAAAGGAGCACAGAUUUAGCAAACGCCUCGACUGACAAGGGUAAAACCACACUGCAGAAAACAGAAGGUGCUUUUAGGGCUUCCAAUCCUCCUUUUAAAGGGGUUGGCAGUUCUAGUGGUGCUCAAAACAGGGCCCCGAACCAGAGGCUUAAUAAUCCUUAUGCUAGGCCUACAACAGAAAUUUGUUAUCGAUGCAACAAGCCUGGUCAUAGAUCUAAUGUAUGCCCUGAGAGGAGAACUGCCCUUAUAGAUGAUUAUGAUGAGGAUGAAGAAGAAGUUGGAAGAGAUGGCGAUUAUGAUGGGGCUGAGUUUGCGGAGGAGGAGUCCCCUGAAAAGGUUAAUAUUGUGUUGCAGCGAGUACUAUUAUGUCCUAAAGAGGAGGGGCAGCGACGCAAUAUUUUCAGGUCCCUUUGUUCCAUUAAUAACAAAGUGUGCAAUUUAAUUGUGGAUAAUGGAAGCUGCGAAAAUUUUGUAGCCAAGAAACUGGUGGAGUAUUUGCAGUUACCUACGCAGCCUCAUGAUGCACCUUAUUCCCUCGGGUGGGUCAAGAAAGGUCCACAAGUUCGAGUUGUUGAAUCCUGCAAAGUACCGGUGUUCAUUGGUAAGCGUUAUAAAGAUGAAGUUAUGUGCGACAUUAUUGAUAUGGAUGCUUGUCAUAUUUUGUUUGGACGACCUUGGCAAUUUGAUGUGGAUGUGACGGGAGAGUUUUCUGACCUGUCUAGCAGUGAAUUUGAGAUGGAGGAGGCCUUUAAAGAAUCUGAGGUUUUCUGUCCAGUGGUGAUUAAGGGGUUGUUGGCUGCAGAAAAGGAAGAGGUGGUGAUUCCUAAGGAAGUGCAGAAUAUUUUGGGAGAGUUUGAAGAGUUGAUCUCGGAUGAGUUGCCCAAUGAGUUACCACCUAUGAGAGACAUUCAGCAUCAGAUUGAUUUGGUGCCUGGAGCUAGCUUGCCCAAUCUGCCACAUUACCGAAUGAGUCCCAAGGAGAAUGAGAUUCUGAGAGAACAGAUUGAAGACUUGUUGAAAAAAGGGUUCAUUCGAGAGAGUAUGAGUCCUUGUGCAGUUCCAGUCCUCCUUGUUCCUAAGAAGGGCAAUCAAUGGCGGAUGUGUGUUGAUAGCAGGGCCAUUAAUAAGAUAACUGUGAAGUACAGGUUUCCUAUUCCUCGUUUGGAAGACAUGCUUGAUGAGCUAGAAGGUUCCAAAGUGUUUACCAAGAUAGACCUUCGUAGUGGAUAUCACCAGAUUCGAAUCAAGCCAGGAGAUGAAUGGAAGACAGCUUUUAAGAGCAAGGAUGGCUUGUACGAGUGGAUGGUUAUGCCAUUCGGGUUGUCUAAUGCACCCAGCACCUUUAUGAGGCUUAUGAACCAGGUUCUUCGUCCUUUUAUUGGUUCCUUUGUAGUGGUGUAUUUUGAUGAUAUACUGAUAUAUAGCAGGACCAAAGAAGAACAUCUGGUACACUUGAAGCAGGUUUUGGGAGCUUUACAGGAGAAUAAACUGUACAUCAACCUGAAAAAGUGUACAUUCUGCACCAGCAAGUUAUUAUUUCUGGGAUUUGUGGUUGGAGAAGAAGGCAUUCAGGUUGAUGAAGAGAAGGUACGAGCUAUAAGAGAAUGGCCAGCUCCAAAAAUAGCUUCUGAGGUGCGGAGCUUUCAUGGUUUAGCUACCUUCUACAGGAGGUUUGCGAAGAAUUUCAGUACCAUUACUGCCCCUAUUACUGAAUGUUUGAAGAAAGGCAAAUUCCAAUGGGGAGAGGAACAAAUCCCAGAAAUUAAACCCAAAUACUGGAAAUGCCAAAAAUUAAGCCCCACCUCCACAAUUAGGCAGAGGGCAGAGGUUAUCCCUGAUCUUGUGCUUCUUGAUUGGGAGCGAGUGGAAGUAGAGCUAGAGCUACACCAGGAGGACAUCUUGCUGUACGUCUUUGACCAAAUUACCGAGUAUUAUUGCCGUCUUUGA